AUGAAAUUUGAUCUCGCUCCAGAAGGUCGUCGUUCAUCGGGUUUAAAUGCUGUAUGGGUUGCUCGAAAUCGAUUUGCUGUACUCGAUAAAAAUCAUGUCAUUUUAAUAAAAAAUAAUAAAAAUGAAAUAACAAAAAAAAUUCAAUUAGCUAAUUGUGAUGAAAUAUUUUAUGCUGGUACUGGUCUUAUAUUAAUUCGUGAAAAUGAUCAUAUUAGUUUAUAUGAUGCUCAACAAAAACGUUCAUUAGCAAGUGUAAGAGUUGGUAAAGCCAAAUAUGCAAUAUGGUCAAAUGAUAUGAAUUAUUUAUCAUUAUUAUCAAAACAUCAACUUGUUAUUUGUAAUCGAAAACUUGAACAAUUAUGUAUUAUUCAAGAAAAUAUAUCAGUUAAAUCAGGUGCAUGGGAUGAUUCAGGUGUUUUUAUUUAUACAACAUCAAAUCAUAUUAAAUAUGCACUUAUUAAUGGUGAUCAUGGAAUUAUUCGUACACUUGAUUUACCUAUUUAUAUAACUAAAAUCAAAGGAAAUAGUGUAUUCUGUUUGGAUAGAGAAGUUCGACCGCGAUUAUUAAAUAUUGAUCCAACGGAAUUUAAAUUUAAAUUAGCUUUAAUUAAUCGAAAAUAUGAUGAAGUACUUCAUAUGGUUCGAACAGCAAAAUUAGUUGGACAAAGUAUUAUUGCUUAUCUACAGAAGAAAGGUUAUCCAGAAGUAGCACUUCAUUUUGUAAAAGAUGAAAAAACAAGAUUUGGUUUAGCACUUGAAUGUGGAAAUAUUGAUAUUGCAUUAGAAGCUGCUCGAGCUUUGGAUGAUAAACGUUGUUGGGAAAAAUUAGCUGAUAUUGCUUUAUUACAAGGAAAUCAUCAAAUUGUUGAAAUGGCAUAUCAACGAACGAAAAAUUUUGAUAAAUUAGCUUUUCUUUAUUUAAUUACUGGAAAUCUUGAAAAAUUAAGAAAAAUGAUGAAGAUCGCUGAAGUACGAAAAGAUGUUAGUGGACAAUUUCAAAUAGCUAUGUUAUUAGGUGAUGUUGAUGAACGUGUUAAACUUCUUCGACAAUGCAAUCAAAAAUCACUUGCAUAUGUUAUGGCAGCUACACAUGGACUUGAUGAACAAGCCGAACAAUUGAAAGAAUCUCUUGAUGAUAAAGUUCCUGAAGUAAAUCCAAAUGCUGAAUUAAUUUUACCACCAUGUCCAAUAAGUCAACAAGAAUCUAAUUGGCCAUUAUUAGCUGUAUCUAAAGGAUUUUUUGAAGGUGCAGCUAUAAAAGGAACUCAACCAGCAGCAACAACUGGUUCAUCUACAACUACAGCACCUAAAUUUGGUGCAAAUGUUAAUAUUGAAGAAUCAGCAACAACUGGCGGAGAUUGGGCUGAUGAUGAUGCACAAAUGGAACUUGAUGAUGAUGAUUUUACUAAAGAAAAGGGUCGUGGAAAUCAAGAUGAAAACGAAACAGGUGAAGGUUGGGGUGAUAGUGAACUUGAAUUACCAGCUGAUCUUGACGUACCGGAUGUAGCUGGUGACGAAGAUGAUACGGGUGGUUUCUUCGUAGCACCCACGAAAGGCCAAUCAGUUCCACAAAUGUGGACACAAAAUUCCAAAUUACCUGUCGAUCAUGUAUUAAGUGGUUCAUUUGAAACAGCAAUGCGUUUAUUACAUGAUCAAGUUGGAAUUGUUAGUUUUGAAGAAUAUAAACAAAUAUUUCUUCAAAUUUAUUCACGUUCACGUACAGCUUAUACUGCAUUACCAUCAUUACCCGCACUAUAUGCAUAUCCAUUAAGAAAUUGGCGCGAUGCACAUUCACCAAAAUUAUUCCUUCCAGCUGUUGGAUUAAAAUUAGAAGAAUUAGUUGGACGUCUUCAAGCAGCAUAUCGUUUAACAACAAAUGGUAAAUUUCAAGAAGCUGUUUUAAUAUUUCGUUCAAUAUUAUUAACUGUUCCAUUACUUGUUGUUGAAUCACGUCAAGAUAUUCUUGAAAGUCAACAAUUAAUUGAAAUAUGUAAAGAAUAUAUUGUUGGUUUACAAAUGUCUAUGGCUAAAAAAGAUUUAGCUAAAGAUGAUGAAAAAACGUUCAUGUGA